AUGCCCUCCCUCACAACCGUCGCCAUGACCUUCCUCCCGGUCAUGGCGACGGCAUUCGGCACCAUCAACGACCCCAUAGUCCUCAAACAACACAACGAACACGAAAUGAUCACCCGCCUCGCCUUCCAAUGCGCGGCCCCCAACCAAAAAUCAGACGGCACCUGUUUCGAGCCCCGCUCUCUCGACCAGCUCGCGGGCUACCACAACAACGUGAUGGGCAUCGCGCUGACGGGCACCGGCAUGAACGGCGCUGUCGGGGCCCCCGACACGUUUGACCCCCUCCCGGAAGGGCCGGAGGCGCAUUGUGAUGAUGCGGAUUUCUUGGAUGUGCCUGGGUACCCGCAGAGUCGGAAGGAGGCGAAUGCGAGGUUGCAGACGUGUGUUGAUCACUUGCGACAUCGGUUCCGGCAGGCUGUGGAUGCGGCUAGGAGGUUGGUGGAUGAGCGGAAUCGGAUUAGGAGAGAGAUGGUGCAGAUUUCGUAUGGCGGGGAUUGUACUUUUGCGUUUCCGACCUGGCAGAGUGAUAGUUAUGGUCGGGCGAAGUGUAGUGCGAUUGAAGGGUUUGGAAGGGCGUUGCAUGGGAUUCAGGAUUUUUAUGCCCAUAGCAACUGGGCGGAUGCUGCGGAUCCGACGCAGGAGAUUAGUAUCUCGAAUCCGCCGGGGUUGGGGAUGACGGAGACGGCGCCGUUUUUGGAUUUGAGGGCGAAUGGGACGAUUCCGGAGGAGCAGAUCCCGCGGAACUUGACAACGGGGUGUUUUAACCUGCCGGAUAUCACGUUCGGUUCGGGGGUGUGCCAGGGCCGGAUCACGCACAAUGCGUUGAGCAAGGAUAAGGGGAUUAUUCAUCUCGAUGGGACUUUUGGAUCACCCGAGGCGGACCCGCGGUCGGAAGCGGUGUCGACAAAUUUCGAGUUGGCCGUGAAGGCGGCUGUUAAGCAUUCCCAAGAAGCAUGGGGCCACCUCCGAGACGAAAUCCGCCAGCAAUACGGCGCCAUCAGCGGGGACAUCAUGAUCUGCUCGCUCAUCCGCGACGACCCCAUCAAAGACUGCCGCAACCGGACCAUGGUUCUCGCCGUCGACAACUCCUUCACCGCCGGCGCCAGCGGGGCCGUCCAACUGGAGGAGUCCCUCGCGGAGGAAAUCACCUCCCGCCUCAACCAAGAAGGCCGCGACACCGUAGCCAUCAUCGACAACCACAAACCCGCCGUCGUCCGCUACCCCAUGGGAUCCCCCGUCCACGCCGCAUUCAACUUCCCCCCACCAUCGGGCGAAAUCUGCCUCGCCAGCGGGCUGGAACUCGGUAUCGCCGAGACGAUCCAUGCCCAACCCGAAACCUACUCCGACCGCGGCGCUAUCGUGUUGUUAUCCACAAGCGCCGAACGCCCCGAAUUCACCCGCGACACACUCGCCCAACUCAAACGUGCUGCUGAAGAGGGCAUCCGCGUGCACUACGCCUGCAUCGACAUGCACCCCCCUUCCCCUUUACCCCUCCCACCGACGGAAGAUGGUUUAGCACAGGUGGAAUGGACGCCCUGCUCCCCCUCCGACGCUUUAGUUUCUCCCGUCCUCAAAACAGGCGGCAUCGUCGCGUUUGUCGACGUCUCCACGGCGCGCCGGCGGAUACCGGCGCAUUUCGCUAACUUGGUCAUGGAUCGCGGGUUGACGGCUACCGAUGAUGAUGGUGAUGAGGGGGAAGAAGAAGGAGGAGGACAUGAGCAUACACGUAUUUACCCGGGUAUCACCCUCGCCGACAUCCUCAGUCCAGACCACCCCGAGAAAUCGUUUGUUUACCCUGUCACCGCGGGGGAACGGUUGCAGUUUACUGUUAGCAGUAUCGCCCUCCCCAACAACCGGGACGAUGACGACAGCGAGAACUGGGAGAGCAGCAGCAGCAGCAGCAGCAGCAGCAGCGGGGAGAACGAUAGUGGUAGUGGUGUCAGCGGAGCAGAAGCGUGCUUCACAGUCACACUCUGGCAUGACUACGCCCAAACGGAAAUCGCCACCCACACGCGCUGCGGGGAUUCCUCGCCUUUGACACUGGGGUAUGAGGCGGGCGAGGGAGUGGAGUUGGUGUUGGAGGCGGAGUAUGGGGGUGCUGGACUUGGAGAGGUGUUUGGGGGACAGCGGGAGGAGAUUUUGUUUGUGCUGAGUGUGGAUACUAGUUUGGGGGAUAAGGCGGAUACUAUUGCUACUACUGCUGGGAGGGAGAAGACGAAGCUUGAUAGCGCGGAUAAGGGGAGUAGGACGUCGACAUCGGCCGGGUCGGAUAAGGCGAAGGUGACUGAUGAAGGGGGGAUAUCGGUGGUGAGGUCGGGGUUGGAAUACCCGGUAUGUUGGAAUCCAGCGUUGACUGGGACGAGGAUGGCGGGGAAUUUGUCGAAAGAGGAGAAGGAACGGGAAGAAGGGCUUUGGGCGUGGGGGCAGAACUGGACGUUUUGGUUGAGGGGGGAAUGA